AUGGAUCUUGACUGGUGUUUGAUUUGUGAACAAAAAACCCAGGGUACUUUAUACUGUAGUGAAGAAUGUCGCUUUAAAGACCAUUUGUCGGCGUUUAGUUACCUCACGCCGCCGGCGUCUCCUCUCUCAUCUGGUUCCUCUACACCAACGAAUAGUAGUAGUACUGGUACUUCUACAACUUCUAUUAGCAGUAGUCUAUAUCUUUUCUAUAGAAAACCUUCUCCCGGUUUUCAGAUUCAUGCUCAUUACGAAUCAACUGUUUGUGCGUUACCGACUCCUGUUAUGAAAAAUUCGAAUUCCACUAAUCCUUCUAAACAGCAUUCAUUCAAUAAUGUGAUCGAAAUACCAUCCGCGAAGACUGCAAAUGUCGCGAACUUGCAUUGCUCAUUGGACACUCAACGACACAUCUGA